AUGGCGGUGCCCAUGAGCAUAGCGUCUUUGCUGCAGUCGGAGCUGACAGAAGAUCCUCUGUACAAAGAUGAGGGCCUUUGCGUACUGGGAAUUUUCGGAAAAAGUGCUAUGCAACCUGGAUCUGCCAAAGAGUCCCUCAUAAAUACAUUGGCAGAUAAGCAUAUCUUCCCUUUGUUUGGGCCGGACGAGACGGACUGUCCGGGAGGGGGGAGCUUUAUUCAGGCGUAUUAUAAUCAGGAGAGCCGAGUUCUGUAUCUGGUGCUUACUUCUGUCUGUGACAACCGACAACUUCUCCGGGCAUGUGAAUCUCUGAGUGCGGGCAUCGGGCACUCCGACGCGCAUGAUUUCUGGAAAGGGGCGGAGAAGCAGCAUUGCUUGCAGCUACUGUACCUCUUCUCGCUGUGCCAUGUUUUGCUACUUGUCCAUCCUACGAGCUCUUUUGAUGUCACCUACGAUAGGUUGUUCCGCGCCCUGGACGCGCUUCGACAGAAAGCUCUGCCUCUGUUACGUGCUGCCAUCAAGGACUCCCCAGUGUCUAAGGAAUGGAAGGUGAACUGCAGACCCUGUCCCCCGCGCCUGCUCUUCGUAUUCCAGAUGAACGGAGCUCUCAAAGUAAGUGGUGGGACGGGACUGACAGGGAAUGGCACAGACGCAGCCGGGGGAAAUCCUGACAAACCCAAGAAACACUCGCCGCGGAGGCGUCUCCAGCAUGCUUUGGAGGACCAGAUCUAUCGCAUUUUCCGAAAAAGCCGGGUCCUCACCAACCAAAGUAGUAAUUGUCUCUUCACCGUGCCAGCUAACCAGGCAUUUGUCUACGUGGUUCCUGGACCCGACGAAGACCCGGUUGGAGCGUUGCUGGGGCAACUAAGGGCAAACUGCGCCUUGCGAGAAAAUGAUACGGGAAUGCCUGUAUCUGGACCACGGCGCUACCAGCAGAUGCGCCACACGGCACGACAGCCGUCUUUCACCGUAGAGAAUAGUAGCCUGUCAUCUGCAGGCGGUCAGCUGGUGGACUGCACUUUGAAGGAAUUCCUGUGGCAGCACGUCGAGCUCGUGUUGACUAAAAAAGGCUUUGAUGACAGUGUGGGUCGCAAUCCACAGCCAUCACACUUUGAGUUACCCACAUACACGAAAUGGGCACAAGUUGCCUGUAGACUUUAUCAGGUGAUGAUAGACAGUACUGAAGAGGAAACGGCUGAGCUCGCUAUGAAAGUGCAGGGUCAGCUGAAAGUGCUUGAGGGUUUUCUUGACGCUGAUGCCAAGUUCUCGGAGAACAGAUGCCAGAAAGCCCUACCGCUGGCUCACAGCGCGUAUCAGUCCAACCUUCCCCACAAUUACACCACCACAGUGCACAAAAACCAGUUGACGCAGGCGCUGCGUGUGUACAGCCAACACGCUCGUGGAGUAGCGUUCCAGCGGUAUGCGCUGCAGCUGCACGAGGACUGCUACAAGUUCUGGAGUAACGGGCAUCAGCUGUGUGAGGAACGCAGCCUGACAGAUCAGCACUGCGUGCACAAAUUUCACCUGCUGCCCAAGCCAGGGGAGAAGCCUGAGAUGGACCGCAACCCACCCAUCCUCCACCACAACAGCAGGGGGCGCUCAACUAGCUCCUGCAACUGUGGUCGCAAGCAAGCUCCCCGGGAAGACCCCUUUGACAUCCAGGCUGCCAACUAUGACUUCUAUCAAAUGCUAGAGGAGAAAUGCUGUGGGAAACUGGAGAGGAUCCAUUUCCCUGUGUUUCAGCCCAGUACACCAGACCCAGCUCCCGCCUGUGACGAAGGAGCCAGGCCUCCCGAAUCAGGGGGGUCGGGGGAGGGAGAGCGGCUGAAGGAGAAGGACACUGCGAGUCACACACCUGGGGAUAGCACCAGCCUGAGCCUGGCCCUUAGCCUGGGCCAGUCCACAGACAGCCUUGGGCCCUACGGGGAUGGUGGUGAGGGACAGGAGAAGAGACCUAGCCUUGUGGACCGCCAGCCCUCAACGGUGGAGUACCUUCCAGGCAUGCUGCACUCUGGCUGUCCAAAGGGUCUCCUGCCCAAGUUCUCCAGCUGGUCCCUGGUCAAGCUGGGCCCAGCCAAAGCUUACAACUGCCACACUGGUCUUGAGCAACCGGGCUUCCUCCCAGGCUCGUCUUUCCUGCUACCCUGGGACGUGGUGAUUCGCUGCCGUUCGGAGGAGGAGGUGGGGUUAUCAGAACCCCUCGAUGGAGGCCCCUCCUCCUGGCCAGCCCCGAACAAGGCCCUCACUGGAAAGCGUGGAGGUGUUGGUGGUCUGGGUCGCGGCCGCAGGCGAGACGACGUGGCCCGAGCCUUUGUUGGGUUUGAGUAUGAGGACAGCAGGGGGCGCCGCUUUCUAAGCUCUGGGCCUGACAAGGUGGUGAAGGUGCUUGGCCCGGGAGGGGCCAAAGAGCCAGCAACCAGGGUGCUAAAUGCUGACAUGCCACUGUACAUUCCCUCUCCUGCCCAAGGACGUGGCCUGAAGCCCCACUACGCCCAGCUCAUACGCCUCUUCAUCGUGGUCCCUGACGCCCCGCUGGAGAUUACUCUCAACCCACAGGUCCAGCCAGGUCCCCCUCCUUGCCCAGUGUUCCACCCAGAGCAGACAGAACUGGUCCUGCCUCCCGAUGGGCUCUGGGUUCUGCGUUUCCCCUAUGCCUACGUGACCGAGCGCGGCCCCUGCUACCCUCCCAAGGAGAACCAGCCCUUGGCCAGCUAUCGGGUUCUGAAGGGCAUUUUGCGUGCCAACACUGCCAGCACCCCUCCACAGUGACCCCUCCCAAAACUGGGGCCUGAUCUCAGAGCCUGACCGAUAUAGGGAAAUCUGGCCAAUAUGCUGAAGGGAACCAGCGGGGAAUGCUACCAACAGCCUUCUGUUUUGACAGUCUGAUUGGUAGCUAAAAUCCAUCUCAUUAGCAACCAACCACAUCUCCUCAGCAGCUGUGCCUCGACUCGUUUGUGUUUGCGAUUGGUGAACUUUUUCAUUGAGGUGGAGAAGGACAACCUUUAAAUGUGGCUUUGCUGUGCAUUAAAACUCACAUAAGCGUACCUGCAAAAGCAGAUGAUAAUUUUUCAUGUUUUCAGUUUUGACAAGAAAAUAUAAA